CGGUGUGCAGAGUUCCUCAAUAAUAAUGGCUGCCGCACAACCGAUGCAAGAGAAAGAGACCGAAGAUUGCUCUUUACUGCCCUUAGUUCAUGAUAUUAUCAAAUGUAUGGACAAAGACAGCCAGGAUGUUCACCAGGAGUUGGCCAAGCUGAAGACUAAGAUCCAGGAGGCUCGGGAGCUGAUCUCCAACAUGCCCGGCAUCGACAGCAGUCCUGUGGAGCAGCAGCAGCAGCUGGACACGCUGAGGGAGCAGGUCCGGACCAAGAACCAGCUGCUGCAGAAGUACAAGAGCCUGUGUAUGUUUGAAGUACCAAAAGCUUCAUGACGCUGAACAACCAAACGGAGAUAUGAAACAUUUAAAAGACAAUUACAGAAUUUUUUAUCACCACCACCCUCCCCCAGCUACCAAGCGAAUUAUUGUAUUUCUCUCCUCUAUUUUGUGUAUUAUUUCUCAUCUGAGUUUGUAAUAAAAUUGAGAAUUCACGUACAUUUGGCCGCACAUGAUUUCUGAAUAUAUAUAUAUAUAUACACAUACAUAUACAUACAGUGGUACCUUGGUUUUCAAAACGUCCCGGACUUCGAACAAAUCGGAAUUUGAACAAAAAUUUCGCCCCCGAAAAAAGCCGGAAAAAACAGAAUGUGCGCGGACCGAUCAGCUGACCCACGAAGCCUUUGUUAUUGUGUUUUACGGCGCCUCUGUAUGCAGAUGUGUCCCGUUAGCUCCAUUUACUGACUGUUUUUUCUUCAUAUUGAGGUGUAAAACCUUUCCUGUCUCCGCACUGGACCGUGGUGGAGUGUCACAGGGGAGGUUCUCCACACCUCCGAGGCUGGAGCGCUCACUCCAGGGUUUGAUGUCCUGUUGUGGGCUGGAGCUGGGACAGGGAUGAGGCGAGUCUGGGACAGAGCGUGACUUGGUUUAUGACUUUGUCACAGCCAAACUGCACAGAAGCGCACAUUCAGAUCUGGACACGCACCGGGCACCUCUUCACUUCUGGAGAGACGUCACUCACUCGGCAACCCCUCCCACAUGCAGCGGCCACACACAUAGAGGAACAGUGCACCUGCAGCAGACACUCUACAUUCACUCCUACAAAAGACUAUUUUAAGGCUUGGAAC